AUGGGCGUCAAGAGGAUCGCCGCGGCCUUGAGCCGCUCCACGGACACCGUCUCGAAGCAUUUGUUCAAAAAGAACACGACCAAGAAGUCCAAGGGCCGCCCGAAGCAUUCCAUCCGCACCCCCAAAGGGUUUCUCGCUGCCCAGCGCGCUUACAAGAAGCUUCUGAAGUCCUCGGGCGGCACAAAGGAAGUGACGGCAGCCAUGCUGAAGUCCGAGAUGAAGUUGAAAUGCCACAUCAAGACAGUGCGCCGCGCGUUUGCUGAGAAUGGCUACCAGUUCCGCCCGCUGCACGAGAAGCCUGACCUUUCUGAUGUGGACAAGAAGGAGCGCCUGCAGUGGGCCCGCGAGCACAAGCGCCGCAGCCCCAGCCAGUGGUCACAGUACGUCCACGCGUGCAUCGACAACAAGGUGUUCCAGGUGCUGCCCAAUGCGAAGUACAGGAAGGUGGCGGCAAAGCGCAAGGUUCGCGGGGUGUACAGGAAGCGCAAGCGGGACUUCUCCGUGGGCCACGUCAAGCCGAGCAACCCUAAGGUUCUCGGGCUGGCGCAAAUCGGAGACCGCGCCGCGGCCACUCAGCGCCAGGUUCUGAAGCAGAGUUCGGGCAGGGGCUCCGUGACCAUCGCGUGCGCCAUCGGCGCGGGCAAGGUGUUGAUGUGGCACCAGGUGGUCGGCAGGGCCUACCCUUCCGUGCGCGGCAAGUUCCGCGUCAUGGAAGACAACGACCCCACGGGCUACAAAUCUCGCUCGGGCAUGGCGGCGAAGAAGUCCGCUGGCAUCCAGACGUUGGACUUGCCGAAGCGGUCCCCUGAUCUGAUGCCGCUUGAUUUCGCCUUCUGGGCCAAUCUGAACAAGCGCAUGAGGGGGCAGGAGAAGGACUGGCCCGCGAGCAAGACGGAGACGCGGGCGCAGUACCUGGCCCGGCUGCGCCGCACGGCGUUGGCGACGCCUUCUGAGUACAUCCACAGCAUCAUGGGCAGCCUGCACAAGCGCUGCGGCGUGUUGGUCGAGGCGAAGGGCGGCCACUUCGCCGAGGGCGUUCCUGGACCUGCAUGCGGCGCCUCCGGGACCUUGGCUCCGGACGCCGACCCCGCGUGGUUCGCCAGCCACCGCGGGCAGGGGGCCGCGCCCGUCGGGGUCAAAAAGCUGGUGGCAUUCAAAAAGCACCACGCGCCAGUGGCAGGCGUCCGGCGGGCGCACUACCACGUGGCCUUGCACCUGGGCAAGAAGAGCAAGUUCUUGACCGCGAAGACGGCCUUGCUCAACAGGUACCAACUCGCCUCUCACUGGUCCUGCAGCCACGACGGGCACUGGUCGGCCGUCGGGCACUGCGCGAACGCGACGCCCAAGAAGCCGCGGAGCGCCCUGGACGUUGACUACUUGGCUUGGCCCGCGGACCACCCGCCGCUGUCCGCGGCGAAGAGGGAGCCGACGACCGCCUGCGCUUUGGAGAAGCGCAGGACCGCGCGGGAGCAGGUCGAGGGCGAGAAGGGGAAGCCAGAGCCUCGCGUCGAGGAAGUGGACCUGUGGCCGAUAGUGGUCAGGUCUGGGAUCCGGAAUACUCCGGACGACCCCCACGCAGUGCGCAAGUUGAUGGCGUACGCUAAGACGUCCUGCUCGCACAAGGUGGUUGCCUGGAUGUUCAAGAACGAGCACGUGCUGGAGAAGAUCAUCGACAUGGCCUGGGCGUGGGAGAACGUGGACAGCUUCCUCGAAGACGCGACGAAACCCGUCAUGCAACAGUUCAAGGAGGCCUUGCGGACGCCUUGCGUUUGCGGCGGCCGCUGGUUGCACCGCGUCCGCGAAAGCCUGUCGAUGAAUCGCAUCGACGUCCCCGACCUGUGCAGCAGCAUCUUGUUGUCCCUGAAGCACGGUCGGUCCGAGGCGGCCCCGGUGGUCACCUUGGCUGGGCGCUUCGGCGGAGAGGGGAAGUCUCUUCUCUUCUCGGCGGUUCGGCCGCUGUUCGGCGGUGAGCACGUGCAGGAGAGGCCAGGCGGGGGGCAGUUUAGCCUCCACGGCUUGGACAAGGCCAAGGCCGCGGUGCUGGACGAGUGGAUGUUCAUCGAUGAGGACCUCCCCCUGUCCAUCCAGCUCCUGUGGCUGGAGGGCAAGCCCGUGCCCAUCACCAUGCCCCAGAACCAGCACGUCGGGCACAAGGUGUACAUGGGGUCCGCCCCGAUUUUUGUCACCUGCCCCGUGACGGCGCUGGCGGGCCUCUCGUCCGAGUCGUCGCAGCGCCCGCAGGGGCAGGCUUGCAUGCUGCUCCGGCGGCUGAAACUGUAUUUAUUCACUGUGCCGAUUCCCAAGCCGCCGGCCCCGAAGCUAGUGCCGUGCCCGCGCUGUUUCUCGACCCUCGUCACAAGCGAGGAGGUCCGCGACGCUUUCCUGGAUUGCUGCGGCGCUCCGGACGCCGCCCCCGCGUGGCUCGCAAGCCACCGCGGGCAGGGGGCCGCGCCCGUCGGGGUCAAGAAGCUGGUGGUAUUCAAAGAAUACCACGCGCCAGUGGCAGGCGUCCGGCGGGCGCACUACCGCGUGGCCUUGCACCUGGGCAAGAAGAGCAAGUUCCUGACCGUGAAGCGGGCCUUGCUCAACAGGUACCAACUCGCUUCUCACUGGUCCUGCAGCCACGACGGGUACUGGUCGGCCGUCGGGUACUGCGCGAACGCGACGCCCAAGAAGCCGCGGAGCUCCCUGGACGUUGACUACUUGGCUUGGCCCGCGGACCACCCGCCGCUGUCCGCGGCGAAGAGGGAGCCGACGACCGCCCGCGCCUUGGAGAAGCGCAGGACCGCGCGGGAGCAGGUCGAGGGCGAGAAGGGGAAGCCAGAGCCUCGCGUCGAGGAAGUGGACUUGUGGCCGAUAGUGGUCAGGUCUGGGAUCCGGAAUACUCCGGGCGACCCCCACGCAGUGCGCAAGUUGAUGGCGUACGCUAAGACGUCCUGCUCGCACAAGGUGGUUGACUGGAUGUUCAAGAACGAGCACGUGUUGGAGAAGAUCAUCGACAAGGCCUGGGCGCGGGAGAACGUGGACAGCUUCCUCGAAGACGCGACGAAACCCGUCAUGCAGCAGUUCAAGGAGGCCUUGCGGACGCCUUGCGUUUGCGGCGGCCGCUGGUUGCACCGCGUCCGCGAAAGCCUGUCGAUGAAUCGCAUCGACGUCCCCGACCUGUGCAGCAGCAUCUUGAUGUCCCUGAAGCACGGUCGGUCCGAGGCGGCCCCGGGGGUCACCUUGGCUGGGCGCUUCGGCGGAGAGGGGAAGUCUCUUCUCUUCUCGGCGGUUCGGCCGCUGUUCGGCGGUGAGCACGUGCAGGAGAGGCCAGGCGGGGGGCAGUUUUGCCUCCGCGGCUUGGACAAGGCCAAGGCCGCGGUGCUGGACGAGUGGAUGUUCAUCGAUGAGGACCUCCCCCUGUCCAUCCAGCUCCUGUGGCUGGAGGGCAAGCCCGUGCCCAUCACCAUGCCCCAGAACCAGCACGUCGGGCACAAGGUGUACAUGGGGUCCGCCCCGAUUUUUGUCCCCUGCCCCGAGACGGCGCUGGCGGGCCUCUCGUCCGAGUCGUCGCAGCGCCCGCAGGGGCAGGCUGGCAUGCUGCUCCGGCGGCUGAAACUGUAUUUAUUCACUGUGCCGAUUCCCAAGCCGCCGGCCCCGAAGCUAGUGCCGUGCCCACGCUGUUUCUCGACCCUCGUCACAAGCGAG